AUGGCUCAUCCACUCAACUUCUUCUUCCUCCUGUUCGUCUCCGCUGUUGUAUCUGUGCGUGGUGCUGGCCUUGGGCUUGUUUCGCCGGUGCCUAUCGGUAAGAGGUACAUCGUCGGCGGGGCGGACGGGUGGCGCGUGCCACCACGGGAGAACAAGGACCUGUACUUGAAGUGGGCCUCCACCAUUGAGUUCUUCGUUGAGGACUCCAUUGAAUUCAUGUACAAGAACGACUCAGUCGGAAAGGUGAACAAGUACGCAUACUACCACUGCAACUGGACGACACCGACCUCCGCACUGCCCGCCAAGGAUGGCAGCUCACUCUUCCUCCUCGACGCCCCCGGCAUCGCGUACUUCGCCAGCGCCGACAUCAAACAUUGCAAGAAGGGCCAGCGCCUCAUGCUCAACGUGAAGGGCAGGCCAACCCUGGCUCCGUCAGCUGAUAUUUCAAGCCCUCCUGCCCCUGUGUCGCCCACACCUGCACCGGGACCGGCGGUGCUUGGAGAGCCGGUAAUGGACAGCGGUGCCACAACACUGGCCUCGUCGUCUAGUCACGCCUUGGCGCUGGUGGUUUCUGUCACAACACUUGCCUUGAUGGGGAGGAUGAGGACCUGAAUGCCCGCGACACGAUGAGGCGCAGCAUUGUAGGUGCCUAGUUCAGAUUCUCUC